UUGUCGCUGGCCUAUAGUAGUCCAAAAUAUGCAGCUACAUUAAGCAUGUGUGGAGGAUGAGCUCUGGCAACGCGACCAGGAAGAAAGUCGGCAGGCAGCAGCAGUUCAACAAUGUGAUGGCAUUUGACCCCGAAACACUGACUGAGAUCAAAGGUCUUUUUAGUAAAGUUAGAACUUAUGUGAAACCAUCCAAUGGAGAAUGGAACAUCCCUGACCCAAAUGUUGCUCUCAGACAUCCUGCAACUGAGCAUAGUCGGCUGCAGUCCCUGAAGGUAUCGCUGAACACCGUGAAGAACCAACUCAGUGACAAGAAUGUCCAGGUCUGGCAUCAGCACACCAACUCCACCAACCGUGCCGGGAAGGUCAUCGCUGCUGUCCGUUCUGCUGCCAACGCGGAGAUCUGCACUCAGGCCUGGUGCAAGUUUUAUGAGAUCCUGAGAAGUUUUAAUUUACUUCCAGAGGAGGCCCUUCAUGAUGGGGAGCUGAACACAGUGCACCUGUGUGAAGCUCCAGGAGCCUUUAUAACCGCUCUAAACCACUACAUUAAAACCAGUGAGUCCACGCGCUAUUGCGACUGGAGCUGGGCUGCCAACACCCUCAACCCGUACCACGAGGCUAACGGGGGGAGCACAACCAUCGCAGAUGAUCGGUUAAUCUCUAACACGCUGCCCUGGUGGUUUUUCGGCUCAGAUAACACAGGCAACAUCAUGCUCCAGAAGCAUUUGUUGGAGCUGCAGGCGUUUGUGGCUAACAUGCGUAGAGUUGAUGUGGUCACGGCAGAUGGUAGUUUCGACUGCCAGGAGAACCCUGACGAGCAGGAAGCGCUGGUGGCAUCACUGCAUUACUGCGAGGUCAUGGCUGCACUGUUGCUCCUCAGCCCCGGCGGCUCCUUUGUGCUGAAAAUGUUCACUCUAUAUGAACAUUCCUCCGUCUGUCUUCUCUACCUGCUGAACUGCUGCUUCCACUCUGUCAACGUGUUCAAACCUGCCACCAGCAAAGCCGGGAACUCUGAAGUUUAUGUUGUGUGUCUGAAAUACAACAGCAAGGAGACUGUGAGGCCUCUGCUGUCAAAGCUAAUUCGUAAUUAUGGACCACUCCUGGCUGACCGUGAGGCACUUUUCCCAGAUUCUGUAAUCCCGCAGUCAUUUGUAACACAGCACGAAGAGGUGUGCUCGUACUUCCACACACUGCAGGUGGAGACGAUCACAGAAAACCUGCGAUUGUUUGAAGGGAUGAGCACAGAGCAGAGGCAGCGGCUUGACCACAUCAGAGAUUGUACAGCUCAGGAAUACCUGCAGCGAUUCCAGGUGAGCUUCCUUCCACGGAGUCGAUGGAUAUCUCGUAACACGGUGAGUCCUGCUUGUUGCAGCGUCUCAGCGGGGCGACCUCUGGGACAGAAGAAGCAAACAGGCUCCUUCAAUGAGCGGAGGGAAUUGCAGACCCUGAGCUGGAGGGAGCGCAUUGAGAGAGGUUGCCAUGCUGCCUGGAUACAGAGACACUGCACUGAGACCAGCGGAGCAGGCUGCAUGCUGGAAGGACCCCGUGAAGACUGUCAAGUCGACUCCUGGUAUGUAAUUGUCGGCCCUGCACUACCUGCAGUCAGGAACUCUCCAUUCUGUGAAGGAGGAUUGCUGAACCACCUGAAUGAAGCUCUGGUGGACACAGCUGAAAGAUCAGUUGUAGACUGGACUCGUGUGUCUCCUUGUGAGUCUUGCCAUGUGGUUUGCACUGCUUCCAUCUUGUCAGAUGUGGCUGGUCUUUGCAAUUUCACAAUUGACAGUAAAGGCAACAAGAAAAAGAAGCAGUGUCUGGUGUUUGGCAGUCGCUCACUGUGGGAUUCCUGUGAAAGCCAAAUUGGGAAUUUAGUGUUGACAUUUUCUGGGGAGCUUUCAUUACCUCAAAGAGGCUCCAUCACGCUGCACGACGGGGAGCUGCUGUACCAGUAUGAGCUCUUGGGCUGUGUUGUGUUUUCCCUGCAGAGCCUGCACCCUGGGGAUGUCCUCCUGCUGCCUGUGUUUUCAGCCCUCACUCGUGUCACUGCAGCAGUCGUCCUCUGCCUGCAUGUGUGUUUUCGCUCUGUCACGUUCAGGAGUCCGCCCCCUUCAGGUGCAGUCGGAGCAGUGCUCGUGUGUGUUGGCUUCUACCCUGAAGCAGCUGCCCGAAUACUCCCAGUCCUUACUGACGUCCAUAAUUCCAUGGGUCAGCUUUUAAGAGGAGAGGAGGACACAGGUAAAAAUCCAUCUUCUAGAUGUGACAGACAGGUGUUACAAUUCGUCCCCAUGGAGGAUUUGCUGACAGGAGGACUGAUGGAGUUCUUGUGGACCAUGAAUUCUGAAAUCAUCCAACAGAAGCUGCAUUUGCUCAUAUAGUCAUAGUGCAGAUUAGUGAACUGUGACUGUGACAAACGUUAUCCCCUCAUUAUUUUGCAGGAUUUAUUCAUAUUGAAUCAGCAGCGUGAAUGAACUUCAUGAAGUUCGAGUUAAAGUCACUAAAUAAGUUUUAUAAGUUGAUAUUAAGGCUAAUGACGCUUUUCCAGCAGAGAUUAAGUGCUACAUAUUACACUUUGCUUUCAAUGCCUUUUAAUUAUUAUGGCCUUUUCCCCUCUACUUGAUAAGGUGGUGGUGUGGAUUCAGUGUGAAAGGGGUUCCUCUGUUAGUUACUGUAAGAAAUUAAAAUUAUUGAGUUUAGAAGGACAGUGGCAAAGGUUUAAAGUGGACACUAAAUUUUAAGUUAGCACAAAGCUGAAAAUUGUAUUGAGUUUUGACCUUUGUCCGUAUAUGAAAUCUUAAAGCAAAUGGAAAACAACAGGCAGCGUGGCAAUAAAAUAUUUGAGUCAGGCCGAUACAUUGCCAUGGCCAAUAUUAUAAUAUUGUGUUAUAUAAUUUCAGUUUAUUGCAGGUAUAUUUAUCAGCAUAUAGUGUAUGUGCCGACCAAUAACAAAGAAAUGAGCAGUACUGACAUGUCAAAGAAAGUAAUGACACA